AUGGCGCGGACCCCGGGGCCGGCCCCGUUGUGGCCCGGAGGCGGCAAAGCCCAACUUUCCUCCGCCUCUCCCCCCGGGGCCGGGCUACUGCUGCCGCCCCCGACGCCGCCGCCGCUGCUGCUGCUGCUGCUCUUCCCGCUGCUGCUCUUCUCCCGGCUCUGUGGUGCCUUAGCUGGACCAAUUAUUGUGGAGCCGCAUGUUACAGCCGUAUGGGGAAAGAAUGUUUCAUUGAAGUGUUUAAUUGAAGUAAAUGAAACUAUAACACAGAUUUCAUGGGAGAAGAUACAUGGCAAAAGUUCACAGACUGUUGCAGUUCAUCAUCCUCAAUAUGGAUUCUCUGUUCAAGGAGAAUAUCAGGGAAGAGUCUUGUUUAAAAACUAUUCACUUAAUGAUGCAACGAUUACUCUACAUAACAUAGGAUUCUCGGAUUCUGGAAAAUACAUAUGCAAAGCUGCUACCUUCCCACUUGGAAAUGCUCAGUCCUCUACAACGGUAACUGUAUUAGUUGAACCCACUGUGAGCCUGAUAAAAGGGCCAGAUUCUUUAAUUGAUGGAGGAAAUGAAACAGUAGCAGCUAUUUGUAUCGCAGCCACUGGAAAACCAGUUGCACACAUUGACUGGGAAGGUGAUCUUGGUGAAAUGGAAUCCACUACAACUUCUUUUCCAAAUGAAACAGCAACAAUUGUCAGCCAGUACAAACUGUUUCCCACAAGAUUUGCUAGAGGAAGGCGAAUUACUUGUGUUGUAAAACAUCCAGCCUUGGAAAAGGACAUCCGAUAUUCUUUCAUAUUAGAUAUACAGUAUGCUCCUGAGGUUUCAGUAACAGGCUAUGAUGGAAAUUGGUUUGUAGGAAGAAAAGGUGUUAAUCUCAAGUGUAAUGCUGAUGCAAAUCCACCACCCUUCAAAUCUGUGUGGAGCAGGUUGGAUGGACAGUGGCCUGAUGGUUUAUUGGCUUCAGACACUACUCUUCAUUUUGUCCAUCCACUGACUUUCAAUUAUUCUGGUGUUUAUGUCUGUAAAGUGACUAAUUCCCUUGGUCAAAGAAGUGAUCAAAAGGUCAUCUACAUUUCAGAUGUCCCAUUUAAGCAGACCUCUUCCAUAGCCGUAGCUGGAGCUGUCAUUGGAGCUGUCCUUGCCCUUCUCAUCAUCGCUGUCUUUGUGACUGUGCUGCUGACGCCUCGAAAAAAGAGACCAUCCUAUCUUGACAAAGUGAUCGACCUUCCACCCACACAUAAACCACCUCCUAUGUAUGAAGAACGAUCCCCUCCUUUGCCUCAAAAAGACCUUCUAUGUAAGACUGAACACUUGCCUUUGCAGAUUCAGUUCGAAGAAAGAAAGGCUGGCGGUCUCCAGCGCUCUAAUGGACUCAAUAGCAGGAGAUUUGACUAUGAAGCAGAGAAUCCGGUGGGGGAAGACGGGAUUCAGCAGAUGUACCCCCUUUACAGUAAGAUGUGCCACCAUGACGGGAGCCCCGACAGCCGUCAUCAGAGCAGCAGCCCUCAGAGAGUCUACAUCAACUCACGAGAACACUAUGUGUAAUUGUCCUCUUGUUCUAGUGGGUGUUCUGACAAAUGUUUAUUCAUAGACCGGGGAGAGAAACUGAGGCCAAUAAUUAUUAUUUUAUUCUCUCUCCUAUAAAACCAUCUCAGUCUAAGUGUUUCGGAAGUCGUGAUGAGUGACUUGGAGCCAAUAGCAAGUUUCUUUCCUUCAUUAAGAGUUUCUUAUCCACCAGCUGUGUUUGUGAACUUGACUAUAGCUUUGUGUGUUUCUGUGACGAUGGUGUUUAACUACUAACAUUUGGCCUACGAUGGCAUGUUCAUUUAAAAGUAGAGCAUCUGCCUGUGACGACAAUGGUGAUUCUCCAGAAAGAAGGGCCCCAGCUGGGAGUAUUAACCUUGCUGGGUCUCAGCCAGACCAGCCUGUUCAUCACCAACUCAAAUGGGCAGAAAAAGGAGUUCAAAAUCCAUGUCACUGAUUAUUUAGUUGGGGUUUGGUUUUCCCUGGCAUGCUUAAUUCAAUUGCAAUAGCUGUGUACAAACGAGAGGCCUCAGGAAGGAGGCAAAACUUGUUCUGUAUCCAAACAUAGCCGACAACAGAAGGCAGUUUAAAACUUCAGGCCUGUUGGUUGCUUUUAGACUCUUAAGAUAUUGUAGUGUAUGUUCCUUCUUGAUCACUAAGUCCCUGAGGGAUACCUAUUUCUUGCUGUUAUCUGCCUUGUCUUGAUUAGCUUGCACUAACCAAGGCUCUUCUCUUGCUCUGUAUUGUUCCCACAGCUCUGUUCUUUACUAGCCAGAUGAGCCUAUCUCCCACCUGUUAAAUUCUAAAAGCCCUGUCUAGAUGGCAGACAGCCUUGACCCUGUCCCUCUUUUCUGUAGUGUUGUAUAUGACAGGCUCAGCUUUCACCACUGACAUUUCUUUCAAACUAAUCCUACCCACACAGGCUUUCGCUACCCUCUGCAUUCAGUCAGACUACUUACUGUUCGUGUUUUAUCUACCUCAGAAAAGCCUGCUGGAAAAUCACCAUGAAAUAACUCCUGCUCUUAAAAAGCCAGGUGGAAAAUUUGAAAACUUAAAAAAAAAAAGCCACUUCAGUAUGACAUAUGUGCUAAACCAACACGUUGUCCUUUGUCUCUCCUCCCCUACUUUGCCUGGUCAACCACAAGAGUCAUGAGAUGCUAAAAAGCAAAUAAUAUAGUGACUUACCUGCCAGUGUAUCCUGCGACACUCUGGUGCCCACCAGUGUCUCUCUUGACUCCUCUCGCUUCCCUUUGCCGACUUUUCUUCGCUGAGAUCGAAGGUAGUAAUUAUAGUGGGGUGAGCCGGGGAGCACAGGUACUCAUGCAAAUGUCAGUCACCCUGCCUCACUUCUUAAGGAAAGCAUUGUUUUACUGUGUGUUCUGGAAGAUUAGAGGUAUGUCACAGACAUAAAAAACACUACAGACUUGUCAUAUAUUAGGAAGAGUGAAAUGAGCACUAACAUAAAACAGUACACGUUUCCAACCUAAGCUUCAAGGAGAUGGGAGAAUAUUAACAUGAUUUCUAACGAGAUACCAAAGAUACGUUAUGAUUUGUGUUGUGCGGGCUCUAGUUCUUGCUUGUGUGUUUCCUUUUUUAGUUGCCAUGCUUUCUCAGACAAAUUAUCCCGGUGGUUCUGCAGUAGUGAUAUACUCUCUCCCUAUUACCUGGGUGACCAAUAAUUCUGGGAGAAAAGAUGAUUAAAUUCUAACUCAAUGCUUUAGCCAGGUAAUUAGCAAUUUAAAAGGGGAUAGUUCUAUGGGAUCAAAGGAUAAAUUCCAAGGAGACUCAUUGCUGUAUGGCUGUGCUACCUCAGAGUUAGAGAUUACUGCCCCUUGUAGCAAGCUGAUGCAGAAAGAAGAUAUUUGACUUUAUUACUUAGAAUCCCAUCCGUGAGUAACUGAAGGUGUAGGAACUUGAAAUUGUUUUCCAACAGAAAGAUGACUGGUCAGAGCUCUCCUUGACAGGGAAGUGUUUUAUAAAUGCUUGAUGUUACAGAGGAGGAGAUACUGUGGUGCAUCACCCCCUUUAGAAAGCUUUAAAAAUGUCUUACACAUUGGGGAUGGUUUCUAGGGUCCCGCUGGGAAGCAGGUGGUUGAAUUAGCAACACAAAAGCUCACCCUGGACCUAGG